CUUGUUUCUGACUGAAGAUCAGAGAAUCCCAGAAGCUCAGAGUUGAGAAUUGAAUAGAAACAAGCCAUGGCUCUAGCAGCCGCCUCCACCGCUAGCGGCAGCUCCGCCCUAUUCGGCGCCAAUUCCACCUUCAAACCUCCUUCCGUUAUCCCUCUCCCCGCCACUCCCAACGCCAAUCCAAAAUUCAAGCCCAGAAUCAAACCCGUCUCCGCAGUUCUAUCAUCCCCGUCACCGAAAUCCGCCACACCGGAUCCCGACGCAAGAUGGGGCCUUAACAGCUGGAAAUCCAAACCCGCUUUCCAGAUUCCGGAGUACCCGAACGAAGGUGAGCUUGAAUCAGUCCUCAAGACUCUCGAAGCCUACCCUCCGAUCGUUUUCGCCGGCGAGGCCCGUAGCCUCGAGGAGAAACUGGGACAGGCGGCUAUGGGGAAUGCAUUCCUCUUGCAGGGCGGCGAUUGCGCCGAGAGUUUUAAGGAAUUCAGCGCUAAUAAUAUUAGGGACACUUUCAGAGUCAUAUUGCAGAUGAGUGUGGUGCUUAUGUUUGGGGGUCAAAUGCCUGUCGUCAAGGUGGGGAGGAUGGCUGGCCAAUUUGCGAAGCCGAGGUCUGAUCCCUUUGAAGAAAAGGAUGGUGUGAAGCUGCCAAGUUACAGGGGAGACAAUGUGAAUGGAGAUGCUUUUGAUGAGAAAUCAAGAGUUCCAGACCCCAAUAGGAUGAUCAAGGCGUAUACUCAAUCUGUGGCUACGUUGAACCUACUCAGGGCGUUUGCUACUGGAGGUUAUGCUGCCAUGCAGAGAGUUAGCCAGUGGAAUCUCGAUUUUACAGAUCAUAGUGAGCAAGGGGAUAGAUACCGUGAACUUGCUCACCGAGUAGAUGAAGCAAUGGGAUUCAUGGCUGCCGCUGGGCUUACACUUGACCAUCCAAUCAUGACCACAACAGACUUCUGGACGUCCCAUGAAUGCCUACUCUUGCCUUAUGAACAAGCGCUUACAAGGGAGGAUUCAACAUCGGGCCUUUAUUACGACUGCUCUGCUCACAUGCUUUGGGUCGGGGAACGCACAAGGCAAUUGGAUGGUGCACAUGUUGAGUUCCUGAGAGGAGUUUCCAAUCCACUUGGAAUCAAGGUGAGUCAGAAAAUGGAUCCGAAUGAGCUGGUCAGGCUUAUAGAUAUUCUAAACCCUAAAAACAAACCGGGAAGAAUAACAGUGAUAGUGAGAAUGGGAGCUGACAACAUGAGAGUGAAACUUCCCCAUCUGAUCAGGGCAGUUCGGAGUGCAGGUCAAAUUGUUACUUGGGUCAGUGAUCCUAUGCAUGGGAAUACCACUAAGGCUCCUUGUGGACUGAAAACCCGAUCCUUCGAUGCAAUCAGGGCUGAGCUUAGAGCAUUCUUUGAUGUACACGACCAAGAAGGGAGCUUCCCCGGGGGUGUGCAUCUGGAGAUGACUGGCCAGAACGUGACAGAGUGCGUUGGAGGCUCUCGCACAGUUACUUACAACGACCUAAGCUCGCGGUAUCACACACACUGUGAUCCAAGACUUAAUGCUUCUCAGUCACUCGAACUGGCCUUCAACAUCGCAGAGCGCCUCCGAAGAAGGAGGCUUGGAUCUCUCUUCAAGCUGUGAAACCAUUGGCCUUGCCUAACUGGGUCAGGUCUGGUUUUAGUUUGGGUAAGAGAAUCAAACACCUAUUUCACCAUCUACAGUGGAUUACCAUAUAAGAUGCUAUUGAACUUAGAAGGCUAUGUAUAUGAAGCUUUCUUGAAUUUAAGCCUCAACUAUAAAGUCAGGUUGCAGUUUUGAAGUAUGAUGUUAGUAAGUACAGCAAUAAUCAUCUGCUGACAUUACUGGGUUUUGCUUAAAUUAUUACUUCCUAUCAGAGUAUUAAGUCAUCUUUGUUAUAA